UUGUUGCACCCGGUGCAUCCGGGUGUCAGUGUUUAGUUGGCACACCUAUGUUUGACUCCAGGGAGGGUAGGACUUACCCCUUUGUGAUUGGUAAAGACAGAAGAUUAUGUAUCGUUACCAAUGGUAAAACGCUGUUUUAGUUGAACUGUGGUUCGCUAAAGUGUAAAUCAAACCCGAAAGACAGUUUAUAUCAUCUGGCUCAAGCAGUUCAGUGACAAUGUUUUGUUAAGUUAAUGAAUAGCUUCAAACCUUUUUCACCUUGCUGAAGACCACACAUGGAGGAUGGGAUGGAACUCCUAAAGGCUGCGGAGGCUGAGAUCCAAACUCCCCAUGUCCAGGAUCUCUUCCAUGAGGACGCACAGCGGUCCCAGCGGCACUCUCAACCAUGGUGGAGGGUGAAGCUUUUCGUUUGGGAGCCAGUCCUCUUCGGUACCUGGGAUGGAGUCUUUACAACCUGUAUGAUCAACAUAUUUGGUGUGGUGCUGUUCUUACGAACUGGCUGGCUAGUGGGAAACACGGGUGUGUGGCUUGGUAUGCUCCUGGUGUCUGUGGUGGUUCUUGUUGCCCUGGUGACUGUGAUGUCUGGUGUAGGUGUUUGUGAGCGCUGCGCAGUAGGCAGUGGGGGAGUGUACUCCAUGAUCUCUACUACCCUGGGGGGCAGAACCGGAGGGACAGUGGGCCUGCUCUAUGUGUUCGGCCAGUGUGUGGCUGGGGCCAUGUACAUCACAGGCUUCUCCGAGUCCAUCGCCGAGCUGCUGACCCUGCAGAGUGAGUGGGUGGUGCGGGGCAUCUCGGUCUCCGUCCUGCUGGCUCUGCUAGGGAUCAACCUGGCGGGGGUCAAGUGGAUCGUCCGCCUGCAGCUGCUGCUACUUGCCGUGCUGGCCAUCUCCACGCUGGACUUUGUAAUCGGGACCUUCACCCACCUUGAUCCAGAGCAUGGUUUCGUCGGGUACUCUGAGGAACUGCUGCGGAGCAACAGCCUGCCAGACUACACCGCAGGAGAAGGCUUCUUCACCGUGUUUGGCGUCUUCUUCCCCGCGGCCACAGGUGUGAUGGCGGGCUUCAACAUGAGCGCUGAUCUACAGAGACCUGAGCAUAAUAUCCCAGUGGGAACACUGGCAGCCGUCUUCACAUCGUGGUUCCUGUAUCUGGUCUUUGUGUUUCUGCUUGGAGCCAUCUGCACCAGAGAAGCGCUUCGCUACGACUUCUUAAUAGCGGAAAAGGUCUCCUUGGUGGGUUUCCUGUUCCUGCUGGGCCUCUACAUCUCCUCCCUGGCUUCCUGCAUGGGCGGCCUGUACGGAGCACCCAGGAUCCUCCAGGUUAUUGCCCAGGAGAGGGUCAUCCCUGCCCUGGCCUUCCUGGGACAAGGGAAAGGCCCUAACAAGACCCCGGUGGCGGCCAUCUGUCUAACCAGCCUACUGACCAUGGCCUUCAUCUUUAUUGGCCAAGUCAACAUCUUGGCGUCCAUUGUCACCAUCAACUUCAUGCUCACCUACAGCUUCAUAGACUAUUCCUACUUCAGCAUGGUCAUGACCUACGACCUCCAAGCCAAGGAGAGAAGCCCUGGCUUGGCCAAAACGAACAGUCUCUCCCCCCUCAAACAGAUCAACAAACCCCUGCUCGAGGUCACCCACCCAGGCUACGGGACAGAGGGGGGCAGGGGGAGCCGAGGCAAGGGAACCCUGCUGGAGUUCACUCGAGACAUGGACCAGAUCUUCCCCCUCCCUACUGAAAGGCCUGUAGAGUCUGAGAAUGGGACUUUGAACGGAGAGCCGAGGGGGAAGAGCAAGAGAACAAAGGCUGCUGCCAAGCAGAUGUUGAUGGAUAGUUUUGGCCUCGAUCUGGACAGCAAGACUUCCCCGGAUGAGAGAAGGGAGAAGAUGGACCCGGCUCUGCUGCCCAGGGAGGACGGAGCUCCCCAGGGAAGCCUGGGAGAGCCUUCGGGGCCGGACAUCGCAGAGAAGAGACGUGUCAAAAGAAGUCCCAGUCAGAGUUCCGAGGAGCCAGAUCAUCCGCCUGGUCUGUACAGUCAGAUCCAUACCACUCCUGCCAGGGCUGAGCCAGAAUGCCAGGGGUCAGAGAUCAAACCUAUGCCUGAUUCAUUCUAUGCCAAGUUCUGCAACCAUUGGGUUGCUUUGAUCGGUGCAUUGUGCUCCGUGGUGAUUAUGUUUGUUAUCCAGUGGGAGUACGCCUUGGCAAACAUAAUAGUUGCUCUGAUUCUCUUCUCUCUGAUUCUCUUUCUCUACAUUGGGAAAACAAGCCCUGGACUCCCCAUAGGAGUUGCAGCUCGCUUCAGCCUCUUUACAUGGCUCAGGUCCACCCUCAAUCACAUUGGCAGGGGUGAGCCACGUCCCCGCGACCAGAUUGUGGUGACACCGUCUCUGUCUGGCGUUGGCAUGGAAACCAAGCAGUUGACAGAGGAGAACAGGGAUUUUGCUUCCAGGGACCGUUACCACCAGUCUUCCUUUAUGGAUCCUGGUAGGAUGGUGCACCCACAGCUCAAGUGACGGACUCCCUUGUAGCACAGACAUCAUGGUCACAAAACCUAGGAUCAAAUGCUGAUUAUCUAGAGCUGAGCUGGUUCCUGUGGGAGAGAUGUUUCAUGGACCAAAUUAGAAAGGCAUUUACUUAUAUUCUAUAGCAUUUGCCAAAGUGAUACUUAUUUAUUGUAUUCAUAUAUGCAUGGUUUAUACAUGAUUAAAAAAAAUGCAUGUUUAAACAAGAUAUUAUUUAUUUUAUUCAAUUUCACCUUUUCCGGGUAGUGCUAUUUAAACCUAAAGGCCUUGCACCUCUUCACUCUAUGCAUGGGUCUUAAUUGUAUCCUGUUUCACCUGUGUGGCCAAUUGUUACCUUCUAACUUUUAGCUGAGG